AUGGCCAGCUCCCUGGAGCAGCAGCUGGGCAGCCUCGCUGUCUUCACCUGACACAACUCCGAAGCCAGCGGUGGCUUUGAUCAAGUGUUCCAGGAAGGGCACCAGCGCUGGAGGACCCACUAUGCCAUCAAGCGUUCCCCUCACCUCCAGCACGAGGCCACCAGCUCCAAUGUAAAUUGCCUCAUUGAGGAAGCAACCAAAAUGGAGAAGAUCAAGUUUCAGCACAUCGUGUCCAUCUCUGGGGUGUGCAAGCAGCCCCUGGGCAUUGCGAUAGAGUUCAUGGCCAAUGGCUCCCUGGAGAAGAUGCUGCCCACCCACAGACUCUGCUGGCAACUCAGGUUCUGCGUCAUCCACGAGACCAGCUUAGCCAUGAACUUUCUCCAUAGCAAUGAGCCAUCUCUGCUCCACCUAGACCUGAAGCCAGGCAACAUCCUGCUGGAAAACAACAUGCAUGUCAAGAUUUCAGACUUUGGCCUAUCAAAGUAAAUGGAACAGUCGACCCGGAUGCAGAACAUUGAGAGGUUGCCUCUGCAGGGCAUGCUCAGCUAUAUCCCCCCUGAGAAUUUCCUGGACAGUAACAAGGCCCCAGGGCCCAAGUUCAAUGUGUAUAGCUGUGGGACUGUCAUCUGGGAGCUCCUCACUCAGAAGAAACCAUAUUCAGGACUCAACAUGAUGACUGUCAUCAUCCGAGUGACUGUGGGCAUGUGGCCCUCCCUGCAGCCUGUCUCUGAUGAGUGACCAGGUGAGGACCAGCAGAUGGUAGAUCCGAUGAGGCUCUGCUGGAACUAAGACCCCAAGAAGAGGCCAUGCUUUCUCUACAUCCCAAUCAAGAUAGACAUGCUGCUGUCCCUGCUCCAGAGCCCUGUAGCAGACCUCGAGAGUAAGGCCCUGGCCAGGAAGGUGUCCUGCAAAUCAUCACUGUGCCAGCCCUAGGAGGCCCACAAGGAAGUCAGCCAGGAGCUAACAGACAGCACUAAGUCGGGAGGUUACUUGAAGAGGGUCCUGUAACUCUCUGACAGUGAGAGUUUGGCCCCAAGGGAUGAGGAACUGCUGCCCAUCUAUGAGAACAAGGUCACUCUCCCCUUCCUGGUGACCCAGGGCAGUGUGGAGCAGGUGUGGCUGCUACUGACCCAUGAGGUUGUGGAGUGCCAGUCAGUCUCUGACUACAUGCCUCUAUUCAUUGCGACCCAGGACCAGUAGCCUUACCUCUGUGCUCUGCUCCUGGCAGAUGAGCACAGCUGGGCCCCACUGCACUUUGCAGCCCAGAGUGGGAAUGACCACACUGCACACCUGCUCCUGGACCACAGGGGCCUUGUGGAUGCCCAGGAGCACAAGGACUGGAGCCCACUCCACCUGGCCACACAGAACAAUUUGGUCUCCUGUCAAGCUGACCCCAACCUAUGUGAGGGAGGCAAGACUCCCCUGCAUGUGGCUGCCUCCUUUGGUCACAUCAGUCUGAUCAAGCUUUGGACAGGCCAGGGCGCUGAGCUGGGUGCUCAGCAGAGAAAUCUGAGGACACUGCUGCACCUGGCAGUGGAAUGGGACAAAGUGAAGGCCAUCCAACACCUGCUGAAGAGUGGGGCAGCCCCUGAUGCCCUCGACCAGAAUGGCUAUGGCCCACUGCACAUCACUGGCAGGGGCAAGUACCUCAUGUGCAAAAUGCUACUCAGGCAUGGGGCUAGCCUCAAGCUGCCCACCCACCAGGGCUGGACACCCCUGCAUCUAGCCACCGACAAGGGCCACCUGGAAAUCAUUCACCUGCUGGCUGAGAACCAUGCAGAGGGUGCUCUCGGAGGUAUGAACUGGACACCCCUGCCCCUGGCUGCCCCCUAUGGUGAGGAGGUGGUGGUGAGACCCCUGCUGCAGUGCAGGGCUGACCCCAAUGCUGCUGAGCAGUUGGACUGGACACCCCUCCACCUGGUGGUCCAGAGGGGUGCCUUCCAGGGUGUCAUCAGCCUCCUAGAGCACCAUGCAGAUGUCUGUGCCUGCAACAAGGUGGACUAGACACCUAUCCACCUGACCGCUCUCCAAGACAACACAGAUCUCAAAGUGCUAGUCAAGGCUGGUGCCCGUCUGGAUGUCCAGGAUGGAGUGGACGGCACACCCAUACAGCUGGCUCUCCAGACAAAACAGGGCACCAUGGCACUGGCUAUUCUGGGAGGAACUGAACUGGGAGCCCAGACAGAAGUUUAG